CGAGACUUAAGGAAAUAAUGUACAGGCCCAGAGGCUGGAGGAGGGGCGUCUGCGCAAGGCUGAGCAGGAUGCAAAGAUGCGGGAGCUCAUCUGCCAGAACUCUGAUGUCGUCCGGCAGAUGGCUAUGCUGGAGGAGAGCCUUCGGCAGAUGACGAUGCGGGCGGAGGCCGCAGACAGGGGCAAGGCCGAGGCUGAGAGGUUCGCAGCUGAAGCCCUUGAGAGAGCCUCUAAGGAGGCCGAGGCCGCCAAGGCGGAUGCCGUCGAGAAAGCCCGAGAGGACGCCGUCUCCGGAUUUUUGGCAGGGGGUGGCGAGCAGAGGAGCACAAACAGUGGCUGUCCUCGGUCGUGGAGUCCUCGGUCGACGAGUGGUGUGACGGGCCCGGCGUGGAAUGGGUUUCCCAGAAGGGCAAACAAUACUAUGAUGGGGGUGAGUUUUUUACUCAAGCCCUCAUCUACCGGAGGAUGGCCCGCCACUUGAAGAUCGAGCAAAAGGACUUUGACCCGGCGGCAUACGGACUUCCCCCCUGCAGCCAGAUGUCCGUGUUCCUCUCCCCACGGAUGUCGAGAGGCCCGACCUGGAAGAUACGGAGCUGAUGAAGGAGGCUGAGGGAGACGAAACUGAGGUCGGCACAGAGGUCACUUCAAAGCCUUUGGAAGAGGCUGCCCUCGAGGAUGUUAAUAUCUGAUUUGUAUUUAACAAAUUCUGAACAAUUCUGUUGUAGUGAAUGCUUGUAUGCCCUUGGCCUUCGGCCCCUUUGUAAUGCACACUUUGAAUUUUCCUUUCCUCGAUGAAUGAAUGCUUGCCUUCGGGAUUUUUGUAUACAAUUCGUUUCCUUUGACUGUUGUUCUUUGAAUGUAUGCCCUCGCCCUUUCUGAAUGUAUGCCUUCGUUUUUCUGAAUGUAUGUUUAGGACUUAGAAUAUAUUCUUCCAAGUAUAGUACCUCUCGUAGCCCUCGGCUACUAGGCCUAUCUAGUCAAUGGAACCUUUGUUCGAGGGCCCAACGUUCAGGACUUAGAAAUAUUUCCAAGUGUUUGUUCAUCUGUUGGCCCCCGGCUAACUCUUUCCCUCUGGUUCUGUGCAGCCUUCAUGAGAUAACCGGAGGCGAGAUGUUUAGGACUUAGAAGAAUUUUUCUAAGUGUUUGAAUACAGUCUAGCCUUCGGUGAUUGGGUACCCUUCGCUGACUGGAUGUAUGACCGAGGGCCCAGAAAUAGUUAGGACUUAGAAAAUAUUUCUAAGUGUAGUUUUACCAAGUCUUCAACCGUGUGACCCCUCGGGCUGCAUAGAGAUUUGACUGAGGUCAAAAUAUGUAGGACUUAGAAAAUAUUUCUAAGUGUGGUUUGCAUGAAGGCGGAGCCUUCGGGUGAAUGUGGUGAAUGUGAGGACCUUGUCUCAGAUGCGCCCUCGGCUGGCUGGUGGCCCCCACAGGGGGCAAAGUAUUUAGGACUUAGAUUAUUUUCUCUAAGUAUUUCCUGCUGCUGGCCUUCGGGCGGGGACCCUUCGGCUGUAUACGUUGUAGGUUUAGGAUAGUUUCCUUUGCCUUGUAAUGUUGGCUCGUGGCAACAAAAAGCCUUCGGUUGUUAGUUAUGUCCCCACAAUGUCGAUAUAGGAGAGUUUGUAAUCCAAAUCUAGCAUAAAAAGGCAGACUCCCUCGGGAACUGUCUGGAUGUAUCUCCUCGGCAUGUAGUGAGGUGCCGGAGGUGAUUCUUGAUUUGGUUUGGCCACCAUCUGAUAGCUUUGUUAUAUAGUAGCCUUUGGGGACGUUUUGAGCUGUCGUUGGCUGAGCUUGUCG